CAGACCGGAGUCGCCAGAAUACGUUUGUAUAUGUUCGAUCCAGCUUGAGCGCGAUACAUAAUCUGGCCCACAAUCAGGUAUAAUCGCGGUGACUACCGCGGGUAACGGUGGCUAUACUUGUUGGGCUCUCGCGGUCAACUUCAGAGUUCAGAGAGCUCGAGACUCUCGAGAGCAGUGCAAACGAGGGUCGAGUGCAGAUUGGGUAGAGCGCAGAACUGCAGAAUACUGACGACCAGUGACGGCGACGGCACGCCUGGAAUAACUCGCUCGUUAGCGGCUGUGGGUGCCGCGUGUGCUGUAUGGUGGGCUUCCUCUCUGUAGCCCUCGUGUAUUUCCCCGUGUCUGCCUGUCUCGGUCUCGCCUGUUCUCGCCGUCGUGCGUGUCGCAGGGUGGAGGGACAGUCGGGGACAGUGCGAUUCCUGGAGCGAGAAAGAUUGGUCGCAUUCCUCGUCGAUCUCUCGGUGACUUGUGCGUGGUUGCAGUCAGGACAGUCAAGUGCGAUAUUGUAUGCGGUACUGCUGUGAACGAUUCAGUUUCGCACGAGAGCCUGCUCACCGGUGAAUCUUAAAUGUGUCAGUAUGGAUCAGAAUCAAACAAUCGGAAUGGACAUGGACCAGUUCUGCGGUACCAAGUUCUGGGAUGCUAAUCUAACAUGGUACACGAACGACCCAGAUCUAACAGAAUGCUUCCAAAAGACGAUAUUAGUAUGGGUACCAUGUAUAUUUUUAUGGACGUUCUCAGCGAUGGAAGCAUAUUACCUAUUAAAUAGUAAAAGAAGAAACGUCCCGUACACGUGGUUAUUUAUUUCUAAGCAAGUACUUACAGUAGGAUUAAUUUUACUUUCCAUAGUUGACUUAGGAAUGGCGAUACAUGAAAGUACUUUUCGUAUGGUCUACAGUGUUGAUUAUUACACACCUAUAGUAAAAAUUGUUAGCUUUACAUUAGCAUCGACUUUGAUGCAAUAUAAUAGAAAACAUGGAAUGCGGACGUCAGGUCUUUUAUUCCUGUUUUGGUUUUUCCUCGCGAUAUGUGGAUGCGUCCAAUAUAGAAGCUUUGUAAACAAAUUUAUUAAAGGGGCAGAGCCGACAUACUCACUGGUGUCUUACAUGAUCUACUAUCCAAUAGUAGUGAUAUUAUUUGUACUUAAUUUUCUGGUCGAUGCAGAGCCUAAAUUUUCUGAAUAUCCUACGGUUGAAUCGCCAUGUCCAGAGCAAAGUUCUUCUUUUCCUUCGAGAAUUAUUUUCGCAUGGUUUGAUUCGUUAGCAUGGAAAGGUUUCCGAAAACCGCUCGAGACAUCCGAUUUAUGGUCUAUGAAUCCAGAAGACAUGGCUACGGAGAUUGUGCCAAAAUUUGACAAAUAUUGGAAUAAGAAUUUGAGAAAGACAGACGAGCUGAUUUGGACAUACUUUAGAGUAGAAAGUGUAAAAGCAUCAUACCGACAAACGUCUGGACAAGUGGAUUUUAACAGUAGUCGGAAAAAGAAAGUCGCCUCCAUCUUACCGCCUAUCUGCAAAGCUUUCGGAGCAACAUUCAUAUUUGGUGCAUUUCUAAAACUGAUUCAAGAUAUUAUGACCUUUAUUAGUCCACAAAUAUUGAAGCUUCUGAUUGGUUUUAUCGAAGGAGAUGAGCCAAUGUGGAAAGGAUACUUUUAUUCUGUCCUGCUUUUACUUACGGCAAUGCUUCAAACGCUAGUACUAUCCCAAUAUUUUCAUCGCAUGUUUUUGGUCGGAUUGCGUAUACGAACCGCGCUAAUCGCAGCAAUUUAUCGUAAAGCAUUGAGAAUGUCGAACGCGGCGAGAAAAGAGUCCACACUCGGCGAGAUAGUGAAUUUAAUGUCCGUAGACGCUCAAAGAUUCAUGGAUCUAACUGCAUACAUAAACAUGAUCUGGUCGGCACCUCUGCAAAUAGUUCUAGCUUUAUAUUUUCUCUGGAACAUACUGGGGCCAGCUGUAUUGGCAGGUUUAGCAGUUAUGAUUAUUCUUAUUCCUGUGAACGCAUUGAUUGCCAACAAAGUGAAGACGUUACAAAUCAGACAGAUGAAGAGCAAGGAUGAGAGGGUAAAAUUAAUGAACGAAGUACUUAACGGUAUCAAAGUGUUGAAGCUCUAUGCGUGGGAACCUUCAUUCGAGCAGCAGAUACUUAAAAUCAGAGUCAAAGAGAUUCAAGUAUUGAAAGAAGCGGCAUAUCUUAAUGCUGGUACGAGCUUUAUAUGGUCGUGCGCACCCUUUUUGGUAUCUUUGGUAUCUUUUACAACUUACGUACUUAUAGACGAAAAGAAUGUCCUAAAUAGUACAAUUGCCUUCGUUUCACUCAGUUUGUUCAACAUUCUAAGAUUUCCACUGUCUAUGCUGCCUAUGAUGAUUACUAAUAUAGUUCAAGCUUACGUCUCUGUAAAACGUAUUAAUAAAUUUAUGAACAUGGAAGAACUGAAUCCUAACAAUGUACAGCAUGAUCCAUUGGAACCGCACGCGUUAGUAAUUGAGAACGGUACCUUUUGUUGGGAUAGUGAAGAAAUCGAAAGACCAAUACUACGAAAUAUCAAUUUGCAUGUAGAACAAGGUCAAUUAGUAGCAAUAGUUGGUACAGUGGGAUCAGGCAAGAGUUCUCUUUUAUCCGCUCUGCUUGGUGAGAUGGAUAAAAUAAGCGGAAAAGUAAAUACAAAAGGGUCAAUUGCAUAUGUCUCGCAACAAGCGUGGAUACAAAAUGCCACAUUGCAGGACAACGUUUUGUUCGGAAAGGCCUUGAACAAAUCAGUGUAUAAUAGUGUGAUUGAAGCGUGUGCGUUGACUCCGGACUUUAAGAUGCUGCCUGCGGGAGAUCAAACAGAAAUCGGAGAGAAAGGCAUAAAUUUGUCCGGCGGUCAAAAGCAAAGAGUAGCCUUAGCUAGAGCUGUAUAUAACGAUUCCGAAAAUUAUUUCUUAGACGAUCCUCUGAGCGCGGUGGAUUCACACGUAGGAAAACACAUUUUUGAGAAAGUGUUAGGUCCGAACGGCCUGUUGAAGAAUAAAACUAGAAUACUCGUUACUCACAGCAUCACGUACCUGCCGGAGGUCGACAACAUUAUUGUUCUUAAAGAUGGUGAAAUAACGGAGAGUGGAACCUACAAACAAUUGUUGGAGAAGAAAGGUGCUUUCGCCGAAUUCUUAGUGCAACACUUACAAGAAGUGCACGUUGAUGACGGUUCUGAAGCAGAUUUACGUGAAAUCAAACAGCAACUUGAAUCAACAAUGGGAGCGGACGAGUUGCAGCAAAAGUUAACUCGAGUACGGUCUAGAAUAUCUGAGAGUCUAAGUGAAUCCGGUUCUGUGACCGAUAGAAAAUCACUUAAUGGUUCUCUAACAAGGCAAUACUCGACAGAAAGUCAACAGUCAGCGAAUUAUGUGCAUAGCAAUAGUGUUAGUGUAUCAAAAGAGAAAGAUGCAUCGAAGCCUAACAACAUCGGGGAGAAGCUGACAGAAGUCGAGAAGGCCGAAACUGGAAGCGUAAAAUGGAAAGUAUAUUCUCAUUACUUGAAAUCCAUUGGAUGGUUCCUAUCAAUAUCGACAAUCGUGAUGAAUGCGGUCUUUCAAUCGUUCAGCAUCGGCUCAAGCGUUUGGCUCAGUAUAUGGUCGAAUGAUAAUCAGGUCGUUGGAAACAACACGUUCGAUACAGCAAAGCGAGACAUGUACCUCGGGGUUUACGGUGCGCUCGGUUUUGGUCAAGGCGUGACAGUAUUUGCAAUGGCGAUAUUCCUGGCUAAAGGGACGAUAAUCGCUUCUAAGCGUAUCUUCGAGGGUACGCUGCAACACGUUCUUCACAACCCAAUGUCAUUCUUUGACAGAACUCCGACUGGCCGAAUUCUUAGUCGGCUUGGUAAAGAUAUUGAUGUUAUUGACAAUAUCCUACCGGUUUAUCUGCGUUCUUGGAUCACUUGCCUCUUUUCGGUGAUAGCCACUCUCUUUGUUAUAAGCUACAGUACACCUAUAUUUAUCGCGGUGAUACUGCCAAUAGGCGCGAUUUAUUAUUUUAUUCAACGUUUUUACGUUGCAACAUCGCGUCAAUUAAAACGAUUAGAAUCCGUGUCGAGAUCUCCUAUAUAUUCGCAUUUUAGUGAAUCUGUGACUGGUGCGCAAAUAAUUAGAGCGUACGGCGUGCAAGAACAAUUUAUCCAUGAAUCUGAAAAUAGAGUAGAUUUUAAUCAAGUGUGUUACUUUCCUAGUAUUAUUGCAAACAGAUGGCUGGCCGUGAGAUUAGAAAUGGUUGGAAACUUAAUUAUAUUCUUCGCAGCUUUGUUCACUGUUUUAGGUAGAGAUACCAUGAGUUCAGGUCUCGUUGGUCUAUCGGUCAGCUAUGCCUUACAAAUCACCCAGACCUUAAAUUGGCUGGUACGCAUGACGUCCGAUGUCGAGACUAACAUCGUCGCGGUAGAGAGAAUAAAAGAGUAUAGCGAGACCGCGCAAGAAGCACCGUGGAAGAACACUGAAUUUACGCCUUCGAAAGAGUGGCCUAAGCAUGGUCGCGUUGACUUCAAGGACUUUAAAGUUCGCUAUAGGGAGGGAUUGGAUCUCGUGUUGAACGGUUUGACGUUCAGCGUGCUCGGCGGCGAGAAGAUCGGCAUAGUAGGCAGAACCGGUGCUGGAAAGUCGUCUAUGACAUUGGCACUUUUCAGAAUAAUUGAAGCAGCCCAGGGGAAGAUUUUAAUUGAUGAUAUCGAUAUUUCCAAGCUGGGCCUUCACGACCUUCGCUCGAGAUUAACCAUCAUUCCUCAGGAUCCCGUAUUAUUCUCUGGAACACUAAGGAUGAAUCUGGAUCCUUUCGAUUGCUACAACGACGAGGAAGUUUGGAAGGCGUUGGAGCACGCUCAUCUGAAAUUAUUUGUAGAAAAUUUGCCAAACGGUCUUUUACACGAGGUUACUGAAGGCGGAGAGAAUUUAAGCGUAGGACAACGACAAUUGAUCUGUUUAGCAAGAGCAUUACUUAGGAAAACGAAAAUUCUCAUACUGGAUGAGGCAACAGCUGCAGUUGAUUUAGAAACGGAUGAUUUAAUUCAGACUACCAUUCGCCAAGAAUUUAAGAAUUGUACAGUUCUCACAAUAGCCCACAGACUCAACACUAUUUUAGAUUCUGACAGGGUAAUCGUAUUGAACAAAGGUCUGAUCGUCGAAUAUGAUUCUCCGGAAGUGCUUCUUAGCAAUCCAUCUAGCUCUUUCUACAGUAUGGCUAAGGAUGCAGGUCUAGCUGCUUAAGAAAAAAAAAUUCAUAUCAUUUUUUAGCGGCUGUACAUUCGUGAGCCAAUGUCGAAGUAAACGACACAAAGAAAGCCAUAGAACGAAAAAAACGCAUAGCCUCAGCAUAGAUUAAUUUGUAUAGUAAAAUAUUUCUACGCAAAAAAAGCAAGAACGUUUAACGUAAUCGACGGUGCAAAAACUCUUGUCUCAACAUUAUUGUUGCUAGAUUUUAUCCGAUAAAUCUCCGAUUGUACCGUCGAUUACCGAACUUCAUAUAUUCUAGAAUAAGUUUUGUAGUGAGAUCUUUCAUCACGAAGCAAUGCGACACAGUUUUAAACUAGCGUCGAUAUCCAAUAUCUAACUUUAACUGGGUAAUCGGGUGGAUUCCUAUCUGAUCAAUAAAAGUGGUAAUCAAUGACUUAUUUUUCUCGAUGCACUUUACUAAAUUAUAUUCCUCUAAAAAGAGGAAUUAUAAUUUAUAAUUUUAUAAUAAAAUCAACGCACUUAAUUACAAUUUUAUCACAUUUCUAGAAUAACAAUAUUUGAUUAACGUUAAGGGUCGACACAAGUAAACUUAUAUACAUUUGUGAUGUAUAGAUACAUAUUUACACUCUAGUAUAUAUUGUAGCGUAGAAGAAGUAUUUUGUCAUGAAAUUUUGUUUUUUUUUUUUUACUUAUGUUUUAUGAAGCAACGAGGCCUGAUAAGAGCGGGAUUUUACAAUUUCAUUCUUAAAAAUAUUAUAAUAAAUAAAAUGAGACACAUACAUCUCUAUG